GCUGUGAAGCGUCUGGGAAAGUCGCUUGUUAGCAUGUUAGCACGUUACGUCACGUCGCUCAAAACUGUUAGCUGACAUCUCUUGCGGUUUCUCAGCGUGUCAGCCGAGGCGAACAUGAACGGGUUAGACGUGCUGCAUAUUCAUUUCUUAUUUAGAAAUGUCAAACUAUCCCCGUUAGCGUGUAAUUAAGCCGUCGGAAAACGGUGUGAAAGUUUAUUGAUCUGUCUCGUGAAGUUAGUGUUAGCAAUGGGGCGCAAAAAACCGUUUCAGAGCGAGCGACAAACCAGCAGAGGCAAAGACAAGCGACACAAAAUGAAAGGAAAGUCUUUGGAAACGUUCACGGAAGAAAUGCAGGAGUUUUUGGAAGCGCAGUGUAAAAGCACAGAGUCCGAGGAUGCGGCGGCGGCGGCAGCGUCUGCGAAGUUUCCGUGCCCGCUGGCCAUGUGGGAACUGGGUCACUGUGACCCGAAGCGCUGCACCGGACGCAAACUGGCCCGGAAAGGCCUGGUGCGCUGCCUCCGCCUCAACCAGCGUUUUAACGGCCUCGUCCUCAGUCCCAUGGGCGUCAAAUAUGUUACACCCGCUGACAGGGAGAUCGUGGCUGAGGGCGGUCUUGCGGUGAUCGACUGCUCGUGGGCGAGGCUCGAGGACACGCCCUUCAGUAAGAUGAUUGGCUCACACCCGAGGCUGCUGCCUUAUUUGGUGGCGGCCAAUCCUGUGAACUAUGGCAAGCCGUGCAAGCUGAGCUGCGUCGAGGCCUACGCGGCCACCUUCUGCAUUGUAGGAUUUCAGGACCUGGCUGUGCUCCUGUUAAGGAAGUUUAAGUGGGGUUUGGGGUUCCUCGAGCUGAAUAAAACGCUCCUGCAGCGCUACGCCACUUGCAAAUCAGAGGAGGAGCUGCUCACGGUGGAGAAGGAGUACCUCACCUCCUCCCCCUCAGAGGAGGAAGAGUUAGAUCCUUUUGACGUGGACUCGGGGAGAGAGUGUAUGAACCUCAACAGACCACUCCGAGAGGAAGAGGACGACACCGAAAGCAGCGAGGCAGAGACUUCUGAAGAAGACGACGAGCAGGAGGAGGAGGAUGAAAAAGACGCUGCCGAAGAUGAGAAAAAAGACAAGGAGAAUAUUGAAGACGAGUCGUGAAGAAAUGCAAACAUGUAUUUGGUCUCAAAACGUCAGGGCUUGAGCAAAGAUUCAUUUUAUCAGGGAAGGGUGGUUAGAAGGAUAAUAAUAAUAAUAAUAAGUAACAGGACGGUAUAGCUGAUAAUAAUAGAAGUUGCUCUUGUUCAGCCUAAUGUGUUUGACAGAUAUGUAAAUUAACUCCGAGACCCAGAGUUGGUCAAGAAAGGAAGAAUUGUUUGUUACGGGGUGUGUUCAUCCAGUCUGUGGUUCAAUCCCUAAUGGAUAAAGCUCGUCUUGGUGUUCCUCUUAUCACAAGAGCUCUUAAAAACCUGGAAUCCUGUACUAUAAUUAUGUAUAAUCUUCCUUUCUUAAUGGAAAAUAAAUAACUAUAUGUGUGCAA